UUUAAAGCCUCAGCCAGUUUACCCGAGGAAAUCUAUUCUGUGAUUUACUAUUAAGAUGAAGCAGAAGAGUAGGCAUCCGCAGCUGGCCUGGGUGCUGGUGCUCCGCUUCCUAACUCUGGUUUUCUGGGAUGUCUUGGGGGUCAGAGCCCUGGACAAUGGCUUGGCGAAAACCCCAACCAUGGGGUGGCUGCACUGGGAGCGGUUCAUGUGCAACGUAAACUGCCAAGAAGAGCCGGAUUCAUGUAUAAGUGAAAAGCUUUUCAUGCAAAUGGCAGAUCUCAUGGACUCAGAUGGCUGGAAGGAUGUAGGCUAUGAGUACCUUUGCAUCGAUGACUGUUGGAUGGCUCCCGAAAGAGAUUCAGAUGGCAGACUACAAGCAGACCCUACUCGUUUCCCUGGUGGUAUUGCCCGCUUAGCUAAAUAUGUCCACAGCAAAGGACUGAAGCUAGGGAUUUAUGCAGAUGUUGGAAAUAAAACCUGUGCUGGUUUUCCUGGUAGUUUUGGAUACUAUGACAUUGAUGCCCAGACCUUUGCUGAUUGGGGAGUAGAUCUGCUCAAAUUUGAUGGUUGUUAUUGUGACAGUUUGGAACAUUUGGCAGAUGGUUAUAAGCGCAUGUCCUUGGCCCUAAACAGGACUGGCAGAAGCAUUGUGUACUCCUGUGAGUGGCCCCUUUAUACGUGGCACUUUCAUAAGCCCAAUUACACAGAAAUCCGACAGUAUUGUAAUCACUGGAGAAAUUUUGCUGAUGUUAAUGACUCUUGGCAAAGUGUAAAGAGUAUCUUGGACUGGACGUCUUCUAAUCAGGAAGGAAUUGUUGAUGUUGCAGGACCAGGGGGUUGGAAUGACCCAGAUAUGCUAGUGAUUGGCAAUUUUGGCCUUAGCUGGGAUCAGCAGAUAACUCAGAUGGCCUUUUGGGCCAUCAUGGCAGCUCCACUACUCAUGUCCAAUGACCUCAGAACCAUCAGCACUCAAGCCAAGGCCCUCCUUCAGGAUAAGGAUGUAAUUGCUAUCAACCAGGAUCCCUUGGGCAAGCAAGGGUACAAGCUUAGAAAGGAAGACAAUAUCGAAGUGUGGGAACGCCCUCUCUCCAACUUAGCCUGGGCUGUGGCUAUGGUGAACCUUCAGGAAAUUGGUGGACCUCGUUUUCAUAGCAUUUUUGUUGCUUCCCUGGGUAAAGGAGUUGCCUGUAAUCCAGCCUGCCUGAUCACGCAGCUCCUGCCUACAAAGAAAAAGCUGGGGUUCUAUUCAUGGACUUCAACAUUAAAAACUCAAAUAAAUCCCACAGGUACUGUGUUGCUUCGGCUAGAAAGUGCAGGUCACGUCACGUUGCAUCAGAAAACUUCAUUUAAAAGGUGUACUACACUGUCCUAGUUCUGUUCAUCUUUUCCAUUCCUUCAGCUGUUAGUUCCUUCAAUAAAAUCUCCCAGUUAAAAUACUACUCAGUCAUAUAUGUAUGAAGCCCUGCCACUGGCAGUAACAUAGAUGGAGCUUUAGUUUCAAGUCAGGACCAGGGUGAUGCCUCGGCAUGUCAUAGCACAAGGUUUGCGUGUCCAAGGGUACCACUGUAUACCUGAAUUGAGCAGUGUUCUACUCUCAAAAGUGGAAGACUAUACUUACCAUAUUAGCAUCUCCCAGGAGGCAAAGAUUGUGAGGUUAAAUCUGGUUAAAGUCCACUGUAACAUGAAGAAUGUAACUAAAUUUACUGGUGGAGUGGCUGGUGGAAUAGCCCACUUUGCUUUGUGUUGUUUUACUGCACCAUAGUCAACGACUGCCACUUCUCCAGAUUCAAAGGAAGUCUCGAAACUUUACAUCAGGCUCAACCUGGUGCUGUUGACUGGCUGCGGAAGAAGGGCAAACGCUAGAAGAACUGCACCUCUUUUAAGUAAAUUGUUGCUAAUCAGUAAAGCAUGUAUAAUUUAUGAUAGGCAUCU